AUGCUUGAAAUUCGUGAAAAUGGAUCCGACGUCACGAGAGCUCGGAAGAUCGAGUGUUCCCUUGUGCGAAUCCCGGAGCCGACAGCGAGUCCAGAAACGCGUCUUCCAUUCCUCGAUCCAGGGGUCGAUCUCGUGUUUCGAGCGAGACAGAGUCGAGUGGGGGAGGAUGGGAUUCAUCCCCCUCGUACGGAUCCCCCCAUCGACAGGAUCCGGAACUCAAGAGAGAGGAGAGAAAUCUUCGAGAGGGCUCGAGGGUCGGGCGCCUGCCCGACAUCCAGCGACGUCCAGCCACCAGACAUCCGGCGAUAUCCGACCACCGGACAUCCAUCCGGACUUGGUGUUUCUCCGUGCGUGCCUCGAGGGGGAUGGCCGAGAUCGGGGGACGCGGAGGUUCUCCGGGACUCCGUUUCCGCAUUCUUCCUGCGUCCGGGUGGAGACUCGCAGGCGACGGGUCGCUGCGUCGUCUUGGAAGAUGACGUCAGUCUGCAGGAAGAAUCUGCUGCCGUUCUUGCGGGUUCGAGUCGAUUAGCAGCUCCUAAUGUCCCUCCUCCUUCACCCCUCCCCUAUACGGGGACGGGUGAAGGGGGAGGGGCAUUAGGCCGACCUGUCCCAAGCCGAUAUGACCGGACGUGGUCGUUCCGAUCGAGUUCUGUCGGGUCGGGUGAUGAGGGGCCAACGCGAGACGUUUACGGCAGUGCUUGCGAAUGUGAACCGUACCGACAUCGGCAAGCUUAUGCGAAUCUCGUCGAGCGGCAAACCUCUCCGGUGACGUUGGCGUCAUCUCGUUACACGAUCCAGUUCACCGAGACGGACGGAGACGGCAGGAUCGAAUACGAUCAAGCGAUGGAGACAGCCGGGCCCGGAGGACUCAUCAAAGAAGACAUCCCCAGCCUCCAGGAAAGUUCUACAGAUCAAGCGAUGGAGACAGCCGGGCCCGGAGGACUCAUCAAAGAAGACAUCCCCAGCCUCCAGGAAAGUUCUACAGAUCAAGCGAUGGAGACAGCCGGGCCCGGAGGACUCAUCAAAGAAGACAUCCCCAGCCUCCAGGAAAGUUCUACAAUCAAGCGAUGGAGAGAGACACCCGGGCCCGGAGGACUCAUCAAUGAAGACAUCCCCAGCCUUCAGGAAAGUUCUACAAUCAAGCGAUGGAGAAAGACACCCGGGCCCGGAGGACUCAUCAAUGAAGACAUCCCCAGCCUCCAGGAAAGUUCAACAGAUCAAGAGAUGGAGAGUGAUGUCGAUCCACGCCUGGAGGCCUCAUCAUUGUUUAGGUCGCCAGCAUCCAAGAAGCUCUACAAUCAAGUGAUGGAGAGAGACAUUGUCCCACGCCUGGAGGCCUCAUCAUUGUUUAGGUCGCCAGCAUCCAAGAAGCUCUACAAUCAAGUGAUGGAGAUUGACGUCAUCCAAUGCCUGGAGGCCUCAUCAUUGUUUAGGUCGCCAGCAUCCAAGAAGCUCUACAAUCAUGUGAUGGAGAUUGACGUCAUCCAAUGCCUGGAGGCCUCAUCAUUGUUUAGAUUGAGUGGUGGAGAGAUAUGUCAUGCCAUGCCAGGCUUGUCCUUUACCUUCCAUUCUGAGCAGACCCAUCUUCUAUCACAGAAGUUCUACAUCCCUGGAGACCAUCAAAGUUACAUCAUGUAUUAUCAGAAACAUGAAGAAAAUUUGUCAAAAACACUGGAUAAGGCAGUGAAGAAAUGGCACAGCGAAUCUGAUGAUGACGAUGAUGGAGACUCCACCACUUUGAGUGAAUUGUUUUCAUCAGGACUUCUUGGUCUAAGCUUUCCUCUGGAAUUCCAGGAGGUACGAGAUGACGUAGCAAGGAUGCUCCUUGGGGCUAUCAAUCUGGAGGACAUUGCCCAUGUCUUCAACAGCAACCAGCUUGAUGCUGAAAGUGCAGCAAAGGCUAUCUCAGUGAUCAUGGAUACAUUUUUCAGCAAAUAUGAUGAACACCUUAGAAAAGAGAACUACAUCUCCAUUGCUCGCAUGAUCUUGCACAUGAGCAUCACUGCCUUGCUGAGCAGGGAGCAGCAGCAGCUAACAUCAACCACAUGUCUGCCUAAGAGAAAGGAGGACUGGAAUGGACUUGGCCAUGCAAUUACUUCCAAAAGAGGAAAAAGUGGAAGGUUAUAA